GAGACGUAUAACAAGCUUAAGAUUGUUUAUGGAAUGUUGGUUAAAAUAUUUGUUCAAUUCCCUGUACACAGCUUCACGUUGUUAGGGAAUGCAGCUGAUGCAGGUUCCCUUUACGUUGGGCAUGGCGUUAUGCCAGUAGUAUACCAGGUCCCGCUUAAUCGAAGAACGUCUAUUUGGACUUCAUCAAUGUCUCAUAAUACAUCGUUGAUAGCACUGGGCAGUUCGCGUAGCGUUAUCGUCAUUAGUGGAUUAGAUGAUGGUAAUGCUCGGAACCUAAUGGAUAUUAAGACAUCUAGUGAUGUCCUCUCUUCAAGCAUAUUAUUUGGUUGUAGAGACGGCUCAAUCAGACUAUUUGACUUGCGAAGCAAUCGAGCACGUUCGAAAGGCUCUGGAUUUAGAUUCCAUCUAUCGUCAUCCGUGUGUCAUAUUGAACAAAUUGGAUCUUGGUAUCUGUUGACUAGUGCGAUGAAUGGAUCUCUUGAGAUGUGGGAUCCUCGAUAUAUAAGUAUACCCGUUAUUAAGUUCAACGAUCAUGUAAAUGAACACACGUAUCGGCUGGGUUUAGCCGUAAAUCAGAACGAGUCUAUCUUUGCAAUUGCUGGUCAAGACAAAUGCAUUCGGUUUUACUCGCCACUCAAAACUCUACCCAUAAGAAAUAAGAUCGGUCCUUUUUCUGACGUUGUCUCGGCUAUUCAAUUCAAUUGCAAUACAAAUUUUCGCCUACAGUCAGAAUGUGAUCAAUAUUGCAAUGGCUCAGCAGUUAACGUGGAUGGAGAGUUAUCACGGUGGGCACUGUUUUGGACUGCAUCUGGUUCUGAACUUCAGUGGUGGAUGGCAACCUAA